UUCGCAUUUUCCCAAAUAUUUGUUUAAGAAAAAUGAAAAAGAAAUUGGUAACUUAAAAAUUGGGGAAUCCUUGAAAAGUAGAAAUAGUUAGAUAAAAAAAAAGUAAGAGGAUGAGGUAUAAAUUCCACAUCUUUCAACGCAAAAUUGAUGAGAUGGUGGAAAAUAUGUGGUGGUGGAACUCACUGACAUGCCAUGCAAUCUCCCCUUUCCAUUAGCGCAAUCUUGUGCACUUUUGCAGCUUGUAUUAUUUGAAAAAGUUAUUCACCUUUACUCACAUACAUGUGAUUAUUUCAACUAUUUGGGGGCAAUAGUUUCUUGGUUUGUAUAAGACAUUUAGUUCAUGUCGCUAGAUCUCAGAGAAAAAACGUUUGAUGGAAUAAUUUCUUAGAUGUAUUGUUGCAUCCCUAAGGAUUGGGUACACUUUUAACAAGUCAGUGGAAAUACAUGAUAAGAGUCUUUUACCUCGUUUAAUCUAGUUAGACCGUAUGAUGGUAACAAGAUUUUAGUUCGACCACUUCAUAUUAAAUCUCUACAUCCAACUUGUCUUUGACGAGAAAGACUUAGGUUAGAGUUUUUGAUCACUUUAUUUGUAGGAUAACUCUUACAAAAAUAUAAGAUCUCCUACUUUUGUUCCACUCUACUUCAUCAUUUUGAGUUGUCAUAACCAAACAAUUAUACCGAAAUUAUUCUCGCCAUUUUAUUCUUUCACUUUAUAAAAAAAAAAAAAAAAAAUAACUUCUUCAAUUUUUAGACAGAAUAAUUUAAAAUACAGGUUAAACGGUUAAAGGACGUUUGUGUAAUUAGCAACAACAUAAGCCACGCGUUCCCAAUUUCCUUGUUUUUCUUCGACUUUCGUUUUCUCCAUCGAAAGGUAGAGGCUCCAGCUCCACUGUAUUUAGUAACCAGACAAUUUCCUUUCCAUUUUUUUAAAUUCAAACUUUUGAUUCUUUUCACUUUAGCCUUUUGCCUCUCUCUCUUCAAAUUAAGUGCCCAAUUAGAUUUAAUUAGGGUUUUGUCAAGCUGAAGACCCGACUUCCAGACUUCCUGCUCGGAUUUUUCUAGGUCUUCCUUCACAUUUUCUGUCGUUUUCUCGCACUUUCUCGGAUCCCUUUGCUUACGCAGUCGAUAAAUGAUGAGGAUUUGGUGCCCGGAAGAAUCGUCUAGGGCAAGGGCAUGUUCCUCUGAUGGGGUUUUAAUUUCAUCUGUCCAUAAAUUGUGACUUUUCGUGUGGAUUGGAUUGUUGGGUUUUGAGAAUGCAAAUUAUUUGAAUUGGUUUCUGAAAGCUCGAUUAGUGUUUACAGAAGUUGAGGGUCAAGGGUUUUGUAGAUAUGAUAAAAAAUAUAUUGGGUAAAAUACCUCGGAAACCAUCGAAAUCAUCGCAAAGCGAUGCGUAUAGUGACAGAGGGGCCAAUGGGAAUGGCCCCAAUCCAUCCCACAACUCAAAAUCGAGCUCUUCUUCGUCAAAGUCUUUGAAUUUGGGUUCAGGCAAUUCGCGUUCGAGCAAUGGGACUCUUGCCUCACACUCCUCGAACGCAGUUAAAUCAAAUCACUCGAAGAAAUCAGCUCCCAUUGCAACCCAAGUAGGUCCUUUGUUUUCUUUGGGUGCAUAUGAGCCUCUGCCGAGUUUCAGGGACGUUCCAAGUUCAGAAAGGCAGAAUCAUUUUAUUAAGAAGUUGAACAUGUGUUGUGUUGUGUUUGAUUUUAAUGAUCCCUCAAAGAAUCUCAAGGAGAAGGACGUCAAGCGGCAGACUUUACUUGAACUUGUUGAUUACAUUUCAUCAGUAACAUCAAAGUUCAAUGAGGUGGUAAUGCAAGAGAUUACAAAGAUGGUGGCGACCAAUCUGUUUCGUACACUUUCGUCUUCCAAUCUUGAUAACAAGGGUCCUGAUAUGUAUGAACAAGACGAGGAGGACCAGACGUUGGAACCAGCUUGGCCUCAUCUUCAGGUUGUGUAUGAAUUUCUAUUAAGAUUUGUGGCUUCGCCAGAGACCGAUGCUAAGCUAGCUAAAAGAUAUAUUGACCACUCGUUUGUGUUGAAGUUGCUUGGUUUGUUUGACUCUGAGGACCAAAGAGAGAGGGAAUACUUAAAGACGAUCCUCCAUCGCAUUUAUGGGAAGUUCAUGGUGCAUCGACCAUUCAUUAGGAAAUCCAUCAACAACAUCUUCUUUUGGUUCAUUUUUGAGACCGAGAAGCACAAUGGGAUUGCGGAAUUGCUUGAAAUCUUAGGCAGCAUAAUCAAUGGUUUUGCUUUGCCUUUGAAGGAAGAGCACAAGCUGUUCCUUGUUCGUGCCUUGAUUCCUCUUCACAAGCCCAAGUGUGUAUCCAUGUACCAUCAGCAACUCUCAUAUUGCAUUAGUCAGUUUGUGGAGAAAGAUGCCAAGUUGGCGGAUACAGUGAUUCGAGGACUGCUGAAGUAUUGGCCCAUAACUAAUAGUUCAAAGGAAGUUAUGUUCCUUGGUGAAUUGGAAGAAGUUUUGGAAGCUACCCAGCCAUCAGAGUUUCAGCGCUGCAUGGUCCCCUUAUUUCGUCAAAUUGGUCACUGUCUCAACAGCUCACAUUUUCAGGUAGCUGAACGUGCAUUGUUUUUGUGGAAUAACGAUCACAUAAGAAAUUUGAUUACACAGAAUCGCCAAGUGAUUCUGCCAAUAAUCUUCCCAGCUCUGGAGAAAAACACACAGAGUCAUUGGAAUCAAGCUGUUCAGAGCUUGACAUUGAAUGUGAAAAAGAUAUUCUCAGAUGUUGAUCAAGAACUCUUUGAUGAGUGCUUAGUUGGCUUCCAAGAAGAGGAAUCCAAAGAGAAAGAAACACAAGAGAAACGUGAAUCAACGUGGAAACGCUUAGAAGAUGUGGUUGCUUCCAAGGCUUUGGGCAAUGAGGCUGUGCUCGUCUCAAGAUUUGCUUCCUCAGUUGCCAUUGCUACUAACCCAAAUCCACAGGCAUCUUUAGGUAGUUGAGUUGAGACCCUCGCAACUCACAGAUUCUGUUUGCCUAAUCAGUCAUAAUCGGAGGAAAGUGAGUUGGACCCAACCUCACUUCUCUUUGGCUUGUUGUAACUCUAUGCUGAUAAACGUGAAGGCGGGGUAUUGUGGACUUCGCAAUUGCUCGUAGGUCACUCUUUCCUUUUGUACCCUUCAGCCAGGGAGGUAUGUAAUAUAAAGGAUUUAUUAUAGGAUGAAUGAUUAUUACUUACUAGAAUUCAUGAUAAAAUUUGCUGUAUAAUGGUGAGAAAAGUCUACAUUUUUCUGGUUCUGUUUCAACCCAAGCAACUUUUUUCUCUCGGAAAUUGGUUGUGAUCCUUAGUCCGGUGCUUGGUCAACUGUCACGGCCAACGGAUUGCAUUCCUAGAGCUGUAGGCUUGAUACUUCUUUCGGAAAUCUGUACUUUAUCAUGCCAGAAAUGGAAGAUGUUGUUGUUCAAUAAGAAAUUAUUCUAUUCCGGAUC